AUGGAUUCUCCCGGGGGCAUCUGCGCCUCCAGGGACCCUCCCAGGGGCGACACCUCCUCCAGGGACCUUUCCAAGGGCCCCCAAGGCCAGUGGCACUACUGGUCUGUCUCUCCCAGCGAUCCUCUCAGAUGCAGCAGAGCCCCCAGGGACCCUCCCUUGGGUGGCAGUGCCCCCAGGGGCAACGGCGACGCCACGGAGCCUUCCAUUGGAGACGGCACCCCCAGGAACCCUCCCAGGGGUGGUGGCGCUCCCAGAGACCAUCACAUGGACGGCGGGGCUCCCAGGGACCCUCACAGGGGAGGUGGCGCCCCCAGGGACCAUCACAUGGACGACGGGGCUUCCAGGGACCCUCAAAGGGGUGGUGGCGCCCCGAGGGACCCUCACAGGGACGGCGGGGAUUCCAGGGACUCUCGUAGGAACCCUCCCAAGGGCAGAAGCGCCUCCAGGGACCCUCGUAGGGGCAGCCUCGCCCCAAGGGACCUUCCCAGGAGCGGGUUCGCCCCCAGGAACCCUUCCAUGGGCAGGGAUUCUCCCGGGGGCAUCUGCGCCUCCAGGGACCCUCCCAAGAGCGACACCUCCACCAGGGACCUUUCCAAGGGCCCCCAAGGACGAUAUGGCAUGCGUGGUCUUUGA